AAGCUGAGAAACACAAUUAUCGUAACGUUAUCUUGUGCAAAACAAUUUUUAUUCCACAUUUGAGUAACGAAAAUAAGCGAACCGGUGGGUUAAACCGGGGAACUGUUUCAUGUCGUCGAGAAGCAAGAAUAAAGAACCAGCUGCAAUCUCUUAAUACUCUUUCAUUUUCUAAAACAUUGCACGAAAGUAAACCAAACGGACCGGACGCAAAUAUGGGAAUCUCAACAAAGACACAAGUAAUCGCAAUUUCUUUAAUAUUUUUAAAUAUUUUGAAUGGAAUUCAAAUGGAAGAGCUGGAACAAUCACAAAAAAAUGAAACGUUGAUCCUCUUUGAUAUUCAUGGAAAACUAAAUGAGCUGGAACAAAGUUUCCUGCACACCCACAAAAGAUUAGAGGAAACUCAAAAGAAUUUAACGGAAUGUUUAAAUGAAAAUCCUCAAAUUAGCGGAAUUCUAGAGAAAAUACAAAAACUGGAGUCGAGUGUUAAAGCGAUUCGAGAGAAUACCAAAAAGUCGGGUGAUAUUGUCAUACAGCGGCGCAUGGAUGGUUCGGAGGAUUUCUUUCGCUCGUGGGCAGAGUAUAAACAGGGAUUUGGUAACAGCUCUGGAGAAUUUUUCAUUGGCCUGGAUAAAUUGAACAAACUCACCAAUUCCCGUCCCUAUGAGUUGCUCAUUAUCAUCGAAGAUUGGGAAAACGAUUGUCGCUUUGCGAGGUAUGACCAAUUUAUAAUUGGCAACGAAGCAGAGAAAUAUGUCUUGAAAGAAUUGGGUAAAUAUAGUGGCUCCGCCACAGAUGGUUUGUCCUAUUCAUUGGGUCAGAAGUUCAGUACAAAAGAUCAAGAUAACGAUGAGUCGGGUAAUAGUUGUGCGGUUGAAUAUACUGGGGCUUGGUGGUAUAAGAAAUGUCAUAGAAGCAAUCUUAACGGUCGUUAUCUAAAGGGUACCACAACGCAAUAUGGCAAAGGAGUGGUCUGGCAGCCAUUAAAAGGGGAUUAUUAUUCUAUGAAAUUUGUUGAAAUGAUUUUACGACCCACUUAGGGUUGUCGAAUUUGGAAAGAUGUAUUAUAUUUUUAAUGAAUAUUCAAAUCAGUUUGAAAUACAUCGUAUAAAUAUCAA